AUGGAGUUGCCUCCGAACAAUCCGGAGAGCGAUGCUUCACUGCCGAUCCCUGCGUCCUUCGAGUUUCAGAACGGACAGGUGGAGGAGGAUUCCGUGGAAUUCGAUCCACCACGGUUCUUCCAGACGGAUUUGGAAUCGCACAGGUGCGCGGUGCUUCGUUGGAAACUCUGUGACCACUUCGGCGUGGAAGUGGCCUAUGCGAAGAUCGCACUCGACGAGUUGGCCCGUAGAACAAGCUGGUGCCUUCUGAUGCAGAGUACAUCUGAUCACAAUCCGCUCUAUGCGCCUUGGCUUUGUGCUGCGGCCUUUGGCAAUCUUUUGCCAUUGGGGGGCAUCAUCGUGCGGCGGCCCUGCUUUUUGCUCUUGGAGGUGCACCUCAUCGGCGGCUGCCGGCGCCAGGACAUCUACCAGAUGCGCUCCGUGCGCUCCUUCGCGUCGAUGGGCUCGGUGAACUCCUUGUCCUCGCGAGCCUAUGUCCCUGGCCUGGGCUUGCGCCGGCGCCGCGGCACCAGGACCCGGGUCUUCAUGGUGACCAGGGGCACUCGUGGAGAUGUACAGCCCUUUGUGGCCCUGGCGAGAGGUUUGAUCUUACAACACAAUUGUGAGGUGGUGAUUUGCACAGAGCUGAAUUGGAAAGGCUUCAUCAAGAGCUUUCGCGCUGGACUGCCAGACGGCACGCUGCGCUUUCGGCCUUGUGGUGGUGACACCAUGGCGCAGACGCGCACGGCUUUGUCGCAGCUCAUCACCUGGGAGGGCCAGCACUACGAUUUUUUGCAGAGCCUCAUCUUCUCUGUGCAAGAGAGGAACUUCUUCCCGUCCGAGGGAUGUUGCUACUUUUGGGCUCACGAAGAGCAGCCUGACUUCAUCGUCUUUGGCUUUACGAUGUGCCAUGUAGCAAUGAUCUUAGGGGAGGGCUUGCAGAUCCCCAUUGUGGGCUUCAUCUGUCAACCGGACCACAAGAUCGAGGAGCGUCGGGAUAUCUCCACGCACUUGGAUCGACUUUUAGGUCCCACGCGACAGGCGAUGAACUCGGAGGGCUUCAACGCCACGCUCAUGAGCAUUGUACAGCAGAUGUCCAUGCGGGGCGUUGGUCUGAAUCGUCUUCGGAAGACCCGAGGGCUUCAGUCCAUGCCCGCUGGCCUGUCUGAUAGCAUGGCUCAUUUCGAUGAGCUUCACAGGAAAGAGGUGCCAAUGAUUGUGCCCAUCAGUCAGAUUGCCUUGGGAGAGUACAAAGCGCGGCUUCCGCAGUACAUCUUCACCGAUUUUAUUUUCCUACGAACAGAGCAAGACACUCUGGACGAGCCCAUAUCGAAAUUUCUGGCGCAAGCUGCCCGUGCUGGGCGUCGGGUUGUCUUGAUCACUUUCUCCUCCAUGCCGGUUAGUGUUCCCUGCCAAGCGCGGCAGCAAUGGAACCUCACCGGUGGGUGUGGCCGUGAUUGCCAUGACCAGCUGGAAGACUCAGUGGGUGGUCAGGAUCAUGAUCCUGCACCGCCGGAAACCAUGGCGCAAGUGCAGCAGCUGAGCCAGGAAGGUCGGCUGAUGGUGCGGAACAGCGGAGCCUCCUUUGCGGCGCUCUUCCCAAAGUUGGAUGCGCUCAUCGGACAGGGUGGAUUGGGAGUGACCUCUGAAGCCCUCCGCGCUGGAGUGCCCAUCAUCACCAGUGGCAUCCUGCUGCUGGAUCAAAGAUGGUGGGCUGCGCGUGUGGCGGAGCUGGGCUGCGGCUCGAAACCGGUGAAGGUCGAUCGGCUUUUGAACUGGGACCAUUCGAACGACUCCACACGCUCCUUGGCCCGGUCCGGCCCCAGUCCCGGCAACAUCGGGACGGGUCAACGGAAAGGUCCUGCUUUUCACCCACAGGUGACAUGGAUUUGUUGUGAAACAAGCCUUGGUAAGAAGCUUAGCUUGGAGAAGUUGGAACUUGUAAAAGCCGUGAGGUUUCCAAGGAAAGCACGUGCGGUUUGCUUAUCUCAUGAAGCAUGCAUCUGUUGGUUUGACACAUGUUGA